UGGGGGGGAGCUAUAAGAGCAGCAGGCCAGGCCGCCCUCCACCGAGCAACAGGUGUCCCAGGUGUAGCGUCCCCCUUCGGUUUCGGGAGUUCGGCACCAAGUGGCACGACCUCUCUUGGCUCUGUUGAUAAGAAGACGUGGCGUGACGCAGCGCAGCAACCCGGGAAAAAACUCACUUGGCCAUUCCGUCAUAGACAAGACACGCAAAUUCAGGUGAUUUCCUUUUCUAGAUACAGUCAUGGGUCCCAGACCACAAGUGGGGACUGAGUCCUCCCCCUCGUCCCCCAGCUUUGAAGACAACGAUAAGGGUGGGAAGGACGGCGCCAUGAUGUCGUCCUACUCCACCGUGGACCUGGUCAAUGACGACGUGGCAGAAGAGGAUCCGUGGGACCUACCGGAGCUCAAAGACACGGGUGUCAAGUGGUCAGAUCUGGACACCAAGGGGAAGAUCAUGCGAGUGUUGACCUCCAUCAUAAAGCUGGUGCUACUGCUGGGACUGCUCUACUUGUUCAUCUGCUCGUUGGACGUGCUCAGCUCGGCCUUCCAGCUGGUCGGAGGCAAAGCCGCCGGCGACAUCUUUAAGGAUAACGUGAUCCUGGCCAACCCGGUGGCCGGUCUGGUGAUUGGCGUCAUGGUCACAGUGUUGGUGCAGAGCUCCAGCACCUCGUCAUCCAUCGUGGUCAGCAUGGUCUCCUCUGGAUUGCUGGACGUUAGGUCAGCAAUUCCCAUCAUCAUGGGCGCCAACAUCGGGACGUCGGUUACCAACACCAUCGUGGCCAUGAUGCAGGCCGGCAACCGCAACGAGUUCCGCAGGGCCUUUGCCGGCGCCACCGUGCACGACUUCUUCAACUGGCUCUCCGUGCUGGUGCUGCUGCCCUUGGAGGUGGCCACAAGGGUCCUGGAAAAGCUCACCAACCUCAUCAUCAAGUCCUUCCAACUCGAGACUGGGAAGGACGCGCCCGACCUGCUCAAGACCAUCACCAAACCGCUCACAGACUCCAUCAUCCAGCUGGAUAAAUCGGUCAUCACUGGAAUCGCCACCGGUGACGCGGAAGCCAAAAACAAGAGUCUGAUCAAAGUCUGGUGCAAGAAGAAGGUCAACACGACUUUCUGGAACGAGACAGUGGACAGCUGCCCCGUCGGCGCCGUCUGCUGGAUGGAAGGCAACGAAACGUUGACUGAGAUGAACACCACCUGGACGAAGUACCUAGAGAAAUGCCCCCACAUCUUCGCCAACGCCAACCUGCCCGACCUGGCGGUGGGUCUGAUUCUGCUGGGUUUGUCGCUCUUCAUCCUCUGCAGUUGCCUCAUCCUCAUCGUCAAGCUGCUCAACUCCAUGCUCAAGGGCCAGGUGGCCGUCGUCAUCAAGAAGGUGCUCAACACAGACUUCCCUUUCCCGUUCACCUGGGUGACGGGUUAUAUCGCCAUCCUUGUGGGGGCCGGGAUGACCUUCAUCGUCCAGAGCAGCUCUGUCUUCACGUCAGCGAUAACGCCUCUUGUCGGUAUCGGCGUCAUCAGCCUGGAGCGGGCUUAUCCUCUAACUUUGGGUUCCAAUAUCGGAACGACCACUACGGCCAUCUUGGCGGCUAUGGCUAGCCCGGGAGAGAAGUUGGCCAACUCGCUCCAGAUUGCGCUCUGCCAUUUCUUCUUCAACAUCAUGGGCAUCAUUUUGUGGUAUCCCAUCCCGUUUACACGGAUCCCCAUCCGGCUGGCCAGGGGCUUGGGUAACCGCACGGCCGAGUACCGCUGGUUCGCCGCCUUCUACCUCGUCCUGUGCUUCCUGAUUUUGCCGCUCACCAUAUUCGGCCUGUCGCUGGCCGGCUGGCAAGUGCUGGUCGGCGUCGGGGUGCCCGUGGUAGUGUUGGUCAUCUUUGUGGUUGUGGUCAACAUCCUGCAAUCACGCUACCCUCGCUGUCUGCCACCCUUCCUGCGCACAUGGAACUUCCUACCGCGCCCGCUGCACUCACUGGCGCCCUGGGACAGCUUGGUGACGUCUUGUCUGGGUUUCUGCGGCCACUACUGCUGCUGCAUCUGCAAGUGCUGCAGCUGCUGCCAGAAAGACCAAGAUGGCCAGGUGGCCGUGCACAAGAAGAGCCUGGAGCUGCACGACAACUCGGCCGCCACACCCCACAACAACGGCAAGGUUAUCGUAGGGACUCAUCUUUAAAAGCAUCGCUUGUGAAACGUGUCCAUUUUUUGUACCAUCAUCUCUCGACGUUAAUGAUUCCCGCGACUGGACUAUCUCCUCCACGCUGUAAUCUCAGCUACGCUGCUACGAACUGUCUUAAACGCCUCACCUGAUGGCCGUUUAUCGAUAAAAACCCUUCUAUCGCUAUCUAAACUUUUUAUGGAUGGAAAAUUCUGAAUGUUAAAUGUGGAAUCUACGUCUUUGUUAUCUUCAGUAUUUAAGAUAAAAUGUAUGAAUUAAAUAAAUUAUCUCUUUUUUUUUUU